AUGUUUAAAUUAAAUAAACAGCUACAUUGGAAAAUACUUUUAUGGCGUACAAAUCUUUCGUUUAAAGUCAGCAUAGUGAUGAUAACAAGUGAACUUUUCAUCACAAAUAACGGUUCAGUACCUCUAAAAUACAACUUGUACACCAGUGACUUACCUAAUACAAAAAGCCAGAGAUUCUACCAUGUUGAUGACUUUGCAAAAGCUAUCCAAACAAAUUCCCCGAAGGAAGGAGAACAUAUAUCUACAACAGACCUCGAAACACAGAAUUGCUUUUGUCAAGGUGGGAGUAUCUGUCUUAAUCCUUCUAGAAUAGAAUUAUGUUCCUUCUAUGUCAACAACUGA